AAAAAGCUAACAUUGAAAAUAUUCGUUCUGUUACUUUUAGUGACUCCGAAAAAGACGUUCUCAACAAUGAAACUGUCUUACCGAAUGGGCUCGCAAGAAUACGAGAAGAUAGACAUAUAAUGCCAUCAGAUCUUAAGCGAUCUGAUAAAAAUUCUCAAGCAGCAGCAAGAAUUUUCCAUCAUCUCGAACUUUCUCGAUUCUCAACCGAAUCAUUGCAUAGUUAUAGUUUCGUUACAAAUGACGCUACUAUGCUUGAGACUCGUCAGAAUAUUCUAAAAAGAUCAAUCGACUUUAUGAAGAGUAAAAUAAAGGGUUGGAAAAUUCCUGUUCAGCAGGCAUUCUUCCAAGUACCCGCAGUUUCAUCAGACAUUAUAUUACCAGCAGAAUCAUCAAAAGAUGGAGCUGCCAUUCAAAAGCCAAGAAUGAAAAGGACAUUGACUGAUGUGCCUUCUCUGUAUACCUCAUCAUUAACAGCUGCAUCUUUACAUUCCCCAACAAGAUUUGUACCUCAGAAUCAAGCAAUUAUUACAACAGAUAAUGAGGGCAAGAUAUUGAAUGCAAAUGAUAUUGCUUGUUUAGUGUUCGGAUAUGCAAGAACAGAAUUGUGUAGUAUCAAAGCACUGGAUUUAAUUGCUAGUCCAUUCCGAGAGAAACAACAACGUGCUCUCGCUACAAUACCACAAAAUGGGGAAAGCAAUGGGGAAGUUGUGUUGGCAUGCGGGAAAGUGCUACCGAUACAAAAAAAGAGCGAGGAAACUUCAGCUGCAUCUUUAUGGUUAAAAGGAAAAUGUGAUGAUGCUGGAAAUUCCAUUUUUAUUUGGAUUUUCGAGGAAAUCAUUGAAUCAACAAUGACGGCAGAAAUUGAUGAAUAUGGAAAAAUACUCGAUGCAAAAGGUGACAUAAAGGAUUUAUAUGGCUAUACGUUAGAUGAACUCAUUGGUAUGCACGUGAUCACAUUGAUCCCAGAAUUACCAACCAUCUCAUCCAAAGAUGUGGACGGUGACCAAAUUAUGAGUAAUACGGAAAGUGAAGACUUAUUGAAAGCUAAAUUGGAUAUUGAACAAAUAAAUCGAACCAAAUUCUAUGGAAGUUAUUCAAAAAAUGGUGGCAGAUUUCCUAUCAUCGGAAAAGUGUCACCAAAGAAUAAAUCAAAAGAAGUCGACGAUUCGUCUUCGACUCUCGCGUUUAUUUUGAAAAUCAUAUCAAUUCCUACGAUCGCUGGAGUCAUAACUGCUCAUGGAACUGGCAUUAUUCAAUCAUGCAACUCUGACUUUGUGAAAUAUCUAUUCGGGGUUGGAAGUCAAGAAUUGGUAGGCAAACGAAAUAUUAAUUCUUUGCUACCGCAAUUUCCACGACUUAUUGACAUAUUGGCAUCGGAACAUGCUCUUGUUGAGGGGAUCGUGAUUUCAGAAAAUACAUUCCGUCACGCAACUUCGUUGCUUUCCUCCCCACCCUCACCGAAAAUUUCACAUGUUAAAGAUUUCUCAAGUGCUAGUAUAAGUAUACAAGGACCAUCGGGAAUAGUUGCAGUGCAUAGAGAUGGUACUAAAUUCGAUGUAGAUAUUCAAAUGCGUGUGGUGGAAUCGCCGGAUGAACCAUUACAUGCAUUGUGGAUAACAUACGAUCGAAGUGUUAAUUGCGCGAUAAAUGUAAUUCCCGAACAAAAUCAAAUUCAACCUAAAACUGUCGUGGAAAGAGAGGAAGAGGAAGAAAAAUUCCCUAUAUCUAAAUUUAUUGCUGCCGGUGGUAAACCUCCGAACACAGGUGCGCAAGGAGAUAGUGAACGGCAGAUUAUUACGCCUCCAGUCCUCUCUCCUCUUCAAGAAGUUCAACCAUUUGAUCCGAAUUUAUAUUCUGCAAUAACUUUGGAAAAAUCAAUAGAAGACUUUGAAAUUAUUGAUACUUUGGGACAAGGUGCUUAUGGGCAAGUUAAGUUGGCUUAUAAUCGACAAGAUCCUGAACAGAAAAGAGUUGUAUUAAAAUAUGUAGUCAAAGGAAGGAUUUUGGUCGAUUGUUGGACACGUGAUAAAGUGCUGGGCACUGUUCCUCUUGAAAUUCAUAUUUUGCAUACAUUAAGGCGGAUUCCCCAUCCAAAUAUUGUACAAAUGGUUGAUUUUUUCGAAGACGAAGAGCAUUAUUACAUUGAAAUGGGCUUGCAUGGCGUUGGCAUGGAUUUAUUCGAUUACAUUGAAUUGAAUAGCGGUAUGCCGGAAUCAGAAAUUAAAUCCAUAUUUAGACAAGUUGCACGUGCAAUACAACAUUUGCACAGCAACAAAAUUGUUCAUAGAGAUAUAAAAGACGAAAAUGUAAUUCUUGACGAAAAUGGAAAUGUACAAUUGAUUGAUUUUGGGUCGAGCGCAUACAUAAAAGAAGGCAAAAAGUACGACACUUUUUGCGGGACAUUGGAUUACGCUGCACCAGAAGUUUUAACCGGUAAAAAAUAUGACGGUCCACAACAAGAUAUCUGGGCACUUGGAAUUCUAUUAUAUACCUUAAUCUACAAGGAGAAUCCAUUCUAUAAUAUUGAUGAAAUUAUUGCUAGGGAUCUUCGAAUUCCUUAUAUAUUAUCUGAAGGUUCAAUAGAUCUUGUGAAACGCAUGCUUAAUCGAGAUGUUGAUUUACGUCCACCUAUCGACGACGUAUUGAAUCACUCUUGGUUACGCGAAGAAUAA